AUGGAUCUGCCCGUGGUAACUUAUGAAAAAGAAGAGUACGUCGAAACGGCAUCGGGUAAUAAAAUUUGCAAAAAGAACACCAUCGCCUCGAACACUAUUUUUGGAACACAGAACAUAAUCAUUAGUGGAAAGGUUUUUUUUUCUGUUGUGUAUUGGCAGAUAACUCGCAGGCUGUAAUUUAAAUUCAAUUAAUGAAAGGAAGUAAAUUGAGGUUUAGACAAUUAUCCAAAAGGACGUGAUUUUGCGAGGCGACUUGGCUGUCAUCCGAAUAGGACGUUACUGUAUCGUCCAGAGAGGGACUAUUAUCCGGCCAAGUCUCAAGCAAUUCGUGAGAAAGCCCACCAUGUUCCCAGUCACUAUCGGCGACUCCGUUUUUGUCGAGGAAGUACGUUUUCAAAACAUUCCUCUGGCAUAUUUCUGAAAGUCUACGUUCAUAAAGGGCGAGAUACUAGUCUAUUUGGAAGUUUUUUUUCUGGGUGUUAGAAGGAGCUUAAAAGGUCUCACGAACCAUUUUCGAUCUUACUGUGGUUCUUGCAAGACUUCUGCGCCUCCUGAAAAUUCCGGUCAUGAGUUUUGAACACUCAGAUCACUUUGUAUAUCUGUGAAGGUGCUACUUAUGAGUAAAGACUGUUCCGUUUCCAAAGAGUUAUUCUCACCAAUUUCAGGAAUGCGUGAUCAACGCGGCUUACAUCGGCUCUUUUGUGCACGUUGGAGCGCGGAGUGUACUCGGCAGAGCGUGUACGAUCAAAGAAUGUUGUAGAGUUCUGCCAGAUUCCGUCGUUUCUGCUGAUGCCGUUUUCCCGCCCUUUUCAACCAUUGGCGGCAAUCCUGGUCAGUUGUCAAACCGUAAAAAUUUGUUUGUGAGAGCCUCAUUCUAAUGAGUAUAAAGUGAAAGCAACAAAAGACCGAAAAAUCUGUUUAAAUAUUAUCAUACAUGGAAAAGGCAGGGUAGCCCCGAGCGAAAUCAGAUCAGAUCUCACGACUUUUUUCCGUCCGGUCAUGAGUUUUUGCAUGUUUGAAGUUCCAUGUACAAUGAAAACUCCCUUUUUGAGUCUUUUUUAUACUCUUUUAUGUUGCAGCUCGAAUUGUUGGCCAGGAACCGGAGUGCACAGAGAACUUGAUGGUGGAAGCAACGACAAUGUACUACGACAACUUCGUCCCUUCCAAUUUACCCAAGGCUUCUUUCGCUUAA